AAGAGAGCUCCUACGAUAGUUUUAAAUCUACUAAUCUCACGAUUAACCUUUUGUAGAGAAAAGAGGGGGGAAAAACAAAUUAUGAGGACGAGUUCUGGUUUCUGAGUCGAACCACCACCAAAUACUUAUUUUGUCAACUCCAUUAAAGAUGUCCACUAAAAUUAAGGGCCAUGAUAAAUGAGUAACCGAAUUUCACCUUGACCACGAGUUUUUCUUCCAUUUUUCUCAUAUUUUAGACAUUUCUUUGCACUUUAGUGAUUGGUAUUGGGUAUUGAAUGUAAUGACGUUUUUGGUAUUUUCUACUUGCCUUCUUUUGAGAAAUACAAACCAUCGUGUGUAACGAUACUCUCCCAUCUACAUAAGCAUCCCUAGAAUCUUCUUUGAGUUUUAUUCGGGUGUCUUCUCUUGUAGCGUCUGGAAGAGAAAACAGAAAUGAAGAACUGGGGUCUGGUUUUCUUUGUGGUUCUUCUUGUUCAAAAACAGGGGAUUUUUCUCCCAGUUGAAGCAGAUGAUGGUUUUAUAAGUACCAAAGGAGUGCAAUUUAUGUUGAAUGGGAGUCCAUUUUAUGCAAAUGGAUUCAAUGCUUACUGGCUCAUGUAUUUUGCAACUGACCCUUCUAUGAGAAACAAAGUCUCCUCUGUUUUUCAAGAAGCUAGAGACCAUGGUCUUACACUAGCAAGAACUUGGGCUUUCAACGAUGCGCAAGAUAGAGCUUUGCAGUACUCUCCUGGCUCCUACAAUGAACAGACCUUCCAGGGAUUGGAUUUUGUAAUAUCUGAAGCUAAGAAAUAUGGGAUUAAGCUAGUGUUGAGUUUGGUGAACAAUUAUGAGAGCUUUGGAGGAAAAAAGCAGUACGUGAACUGGGCAAGGAGUGAGGGGCAGUCUAUAUCAUCUGAUGAUGAUUUCUUUGCAAACUCUGUAGUCAAAGGCUACUACAAAAAUCAUAUCAAGACUGUUCUUACAAGGCGUAAUACAAUCACUGGAGUUGCUUACAAAGAUGAACCAACUAUAAUGGCUUGGGAACUUAUGAAUGAACCCAGAUGCACCUCAGAUCCAUCAGGAGGAACCAUUCAGGCUUGGAUUACAGAGAUGGCUUCUUACUUGAAAUCCAUAGAUGGCAACCACUUAUUAGAAGCAGGCUUGGAAGGGUUUUAUGGGCAAUCAUCAUCUCAAAAACAGCAAUACAAUCCAAAUUUUCAAAUAGGGACAGAUUUCAUUGCAAACAAUCAGAUUCCAGGCAUUGAUUUUGCAACAGUUCACUCAUAUCCUGACCAAUGGCUGCCUAGUUCAGAUGGUGAAAGCCAGGAGUCUUUUUUGAACAAUUGGCUGAACAAUCACAUCCAGGAUUCACAGAACAUACUUCGAAAGCCAGUUCUCUUUGCUGAGUUUGGAAAAUCAUCUAAAACCUCCCCUUAUGAACAAAGAGACCAGCUGUUCAAUACAAUCUACUCAGCAAUAUAUUCGUCGGCUAGGGGCGGAGGUGCAGCUGCAGGUGGCAUGUUCUGGCAACUUUUCACUGACGGAAUGGACUCAUUCCGAGAUGGUUACGAGGUAGUCUUCAGUGAGAAUCCGUCAACAGCUGCUAUUAUAAUUGAUCAGUCUCAAAAACUUAACAAGAUUCGAAAGAUGUAUGCGAGACUUAGAAACAUUGAGAAGUGGAAUGAAGCACGGGGAAAUUAGAAGCUCUCAGUAGUGGACUGGGAACAAUAGCAGUAGCAUAAACAUACUAGACCUUUGAACAUUUAUAUAUAUAUAAUACUACAUAGAAUGCUGUAUCAAUUAUCAUGAAGUUUCAAGAGUGUAUUGUCCCUGGCAACAUAUACCGCUCAUCCAGGAGAUUUUCUCUGUUCUUUUUCUCCUUUCUGUUAAUUCCAAGCAGUAAGAAUGUAAGAUGAUAUUCAA